AUGUGCGAGCCGCGCAGCGCGAAAUUCUUCAGGCCCUGGAACGUCAACGUCGACGAUAUAGCAGACAUCGAUCCUACCACGAGCGCGACUCGCGCGAACGACGAGAGGACCAGCGAGCGAGCGGUAAAGGAAGAAGGGAACGAUGCUUUAUCGAUAUACGAAGAAAGCAGCGCGAAUAGUUUGUCAGGAAACGAAGUUACAUCGUGCGGUGUCGAAUGUUCGCGACGACGCAGUGAAUCGCCUGGAGAAACGUCCAGAGGAUCGUGUUCGGCCAGCAGCGGGGAUGUGCUCACCAGGAACAGUUUGGAUGCGCUGGACAACUUCGCCAUCGGCUCGACCACCAGCUUCUCGGUGACCUCCAUGAUUCGGAAGGAUCUGGAGAUGCCAGGGGUUCCAGGUCCGGGAGUCGGCGGUCGUUCGAUUCCAUCGACCGAGUACACGAUGGAAUGCCUCCAGAAAAUGGCACUUCAGCACACGAACAUGCUCGUCCCUCUGUGCGGUGGGAUGGUGCCAAUGAACGUCGAGGCGAACAUCCAAGCCUCAACGAUCGCGACGACUGGCCAGCCGUUCUUCUACGGGUUUCCCGGUGUUCCACAUCUCCCUCAGGAGUUGUACUCUCCCUCGAUGGAGCAAGCAGUCGAACUGAUCCACAGGCAGGACGCGGUCGCCAAACAAAUGAAGAAACUGCGACCGAAGAAGUUCAGGUGCGAGCAUUGCGACGUCGCGUUCAGCAAUAACGGCCAGCUGAAAGGACACGUUCGCAUACAUACUGGCGAGAGACCCUUCAAAUGCGACGCGGAGGGUUGCGGUAAGUCGUUCACCAGGAACGAGGAGCUGACGAGACACAAGAGGAUCCACACUGGGCUAAGACCUCACGCCUGCGUCGUCUGCGGGAAAUGCUUCGGUAGGAAGGACCACCUGAAGAAGCACAUGAGGACGCACGAGAGUCGAGACCCUUAUCGCAUGGCUCUGGGAGCUUUCGCACUGGGACACGCGCUACCGCGAGGGCACGCUUUCCCUCCGUACGUCUAUCACCCGAUGUGA